UCUCCCUGUCAGUCCCCCUGCCUCGCUCAGUCACUCUCAGUGUGUACAGCAGUGUAGAGUGGAGAGGGGACACACUAUCAGCACUGUGAUAGGCUUUAAAUAGCCCCCUGGCUUGAGAUUUCCAGAUGAAACUUUGUGGCACCGCAGAGAGACCGAGGAUGAUGCCUUAUCUCUGCAUUCUCCUCUGCUGGAUGGCUCUUCCGCUACACGGUCUGGAGAUAUUUGACCCCGAGGAGGUGGAAUACAUCCGUUCCCAUACCAAUGCAACUGUGGGAGGCUCGGUCACCUUGGACUGUGGCUCCAUUAUGCCAACCAUCUUCAUCUGGGGCUUCACCAAACCAGGAAGCGAUAAUAAUAUAGCUUUGGCUUAUAACUAUGGACAAGGCCCGAAGGUUCAGUCUCAGUCCAGCAACUUGGGUCGCAUGCACGUGCCCGUGAACACCUCGGCUUUAGUCAUAGAGGAGCUUCAGAGUGAAGCAGCCGGGACGUACACCUGCCAGGCUUUGUAUGAUACAGACGAAGGGGCCAGGAUAACGUUUUACUUCACUCGACUGGAUGUAGAGGACAGCUGAUUUUCUUUUGUUUACAAAUCAGCUAAUUUCAUUGUGUAUGUCUUCAUGCAAAUUCCCCCCAAUAUGUUCCCUAAUAUUUAAUAACGCAAAUAGUUUUGAUGUAAUUUCUCCCAGAGUUUGAGUUCUUAGAGAGGAGUUUUGCUCUUAAAUACAGGUGAAGACAAUUUCACUUUUAAAGGGAACUUGCAGCAAUUCUACACAACUACAACUUCAACAGUUUUCAAAUAUAAACUUUUACUUUUUCAUAUCUGAGAAAACCUGAGAAAGCUUGGCCUUAAAGAUUGCAAGUGCUUUUCCAGAAAUCUAUGUUGAAGGUGUGAAGUUUGAAACUUGUUAUGGUUUGUAGAAGUUUGAUUCAUAUUUUGAAAAAAAAGAGGGACUUUUUGAAAGUCAUGUCCUUCACAUGUACCUCAAAAUGUGUUCCCUUUAUAAACAUCAUCUUUAUUAUUCCUGUUUAUAAAUGACGUCCUGGUGAAUCGAGAUAAAUAUCUUUGUGUAUUUUUAAUAAAGAAACUUUGCUGUGUAUAUAAUCCAGACUAACCUACUUCAUCUUCCAAUACAGGGAAAACACCAGUUUGGGCUGAAACACACUCAAACACUUUGAUCAGUGAAAGACCGCACUAUUGCCUCCUGCAAUCUUUUAAGCCAUAUAAACUUACAACGCGUGACACCAUGUAGACCUGAGGUUGUGGUUUUCAUUUCAGUGUUUCUCCACUCUUGCAUUUUCUUGAUUAUUAAAGCCAUCUGGGUUUUGUUUUGUGCACUGUACAUGACUCAUUAUACUUGUUCUUUUCUUCAGUGACAUAUGCUGUUCAUGAAAUCUUCAGUUGAACUCCAAUAACCACCAUCCUGCGUUGUUAUUCCUUCCUUAAGUACAGAACGCUCGUUAGAUAACCUCUGUGUGUUGUUGCUAUCAACAGACUGAGAGACGGCGGCAGAGCAGACUGACACACUUCAUCAUUUUAAAGCACAUCGCUCAAGGCUGCAAACUGAAUAAACGUUUUAGCCUUUUAGCAAUGACAGAAACGCUUGCACAUAGAACAAGUUUUCUCCUAAAUAAUUAAUUCGUAAAAUAAACAUAUCGCUACUUAUCUUUCUGCACUGGUGCCCUCAUUUAUUUUUCAUCUAGGGUGAAUUUCUUCUUACUUGUUAAUACUGUUGACUCUGAAGAUCAGCUCAUGUCAACACAAGGUAUCAUCAGCACAUUCAUUAUGGAUCCUGAUCAGUCCGAUCAAAGAAAUUGCAAAUAUACCAAGAAAAAGGGGGCAGUUAAGGGAAUGGAGGUUAAAUAAAGAUUAAGAGUAUUUUUCCCCUAAUUAUAUCCAACAGGUGCAGUCAGCCAAUAAUCAGCCAGCUGCUCCAACAGCAUGAAAGCGCAAAAAUGAAAACGUUGCAGCAUUUUUGUGUGCUACAAAGGCUGACUGCAAAUAAAGACCAGAUAUCCUCGAGGGAGACUUUGAUUAUUAGUCUUAAAGCAUUCUGCACAUGAGCUCAUCCUUCGCAGGGGCCCCGCUGGAACACCGCUGGACUUCAUCCAACAACAACACGCUUCACUUGUGGUUUGUGACAUCUCAAGGAUAAAACCGCCCGUGGCUGAAUCAACCGAGUUAACAGCACACUGCCCGAUUCAUAAGAAUCGCAUUCAUUCAGGGUGUGCUGAAGAGGGGAGAGAGGAAGAAUGGUGGGCGGAGGGAAGAGAGGCUGGCGUUAACAGGUCCGCUCUGCAGCAAGGGGCAAAAAUUCCAGGGCGGACAAUAAGCUUUCUUGUUCCCAUGGGCUCCUUAAUGAAGGGGUGUAGCUGUGUGGGUAGAGGGUGCAGGACAGGGCUGGGAGAGAGUGCCGACUGACAGACGUGGGAGAUGGAGAAGCAGCUCAUUUAGAGACAACCCUCUCCUUAUCUUUUCCUCAUCAUCCCAGGCUGCUUCUGUCAGCAUCCCCUCUCCCUCCCCGGAUAAUUUCUCCUUCAUUUCCAGCUUCAUUUCCUACCCAUUGUUUUGCUCUCUUUUUUCUUUCCAAACAGCAACAAUAGACACUGUAUGGACAUAAAAUAAAUGCUAAGAGGAAACUUGAGUCUGCUUAUGUAAUGGCUAGUUUGGGGCCAUUAGGUACUUUUUUCUCUUUCACACAAUUAAAUCAGUGUACAUUUAAAUAACUAGAGUUUCAGGGCUGCCAAAACUUCUACAGAGUCUUCUUAGGAAACAACCGAGUUAAACUCAAGUCAGCUUAAUGGACUCUGGCUGCCUUAAUGGCACAACAACCUCCAUCAAAAAUAAAAAUAACAGCCGGAAGAUGCUGCGCCACGCCUCAGCAGUAGGCGAGCAAAUCCAGGAGCCAGGAAUAUCCCGUAUACCAUGAGUGGGAGGAGAAAUGCCAUGCGAGCCAGGGCCUGAGGACUGGCAGCCAACUCUGGCAAAAAUCACAGGCAGACAGGCACCAAGCAUGGAAAGCCUGCACCGCAGUCAUCCUCAGUGAAGCACAGCCAGCCCCGUCAUCCGCCUGCUGCAACCCUAUCAACUUCAAUCAGCCAACACACCAUGAAGAUUAUUUUAAAACCAAUAGAGGUUUUAAGCCUUUAGAAAAUGGAUUUGGGCAACACAGGCUGAAACUUGAGGAGAAUAUUGUACAAGUGUUUUAUGAAUGAGUUAUCUGCACCGCAGGAACAUCACACAGCAACUUUUCACAAUUGAUUUGCUGGUUUCCUGUAUUUGGUGCUUUUCUCACUGUCUGUCAUGUUUUUCUCACUCUGGUUUUUUUUUUUUUUUUUACUCUGCAGCAGCAGAUUCUGGUACCCAGAACUCGACAAAAGCCAGUAAAAGAUUCAGUUCACUGGUGACACAAAAUAUUAUAAUGCCCUUUCAAUCAUGAGAAGCAUUAGAAUAAUCAGGUCUAGAUGUUUGUUACUUCUAGCAAAUAACUGCACCGAACCUUUAACCUAGAAAUUCAGACAUCAGCACAAUCUGAUGUCACAUAGACUUUGUGCUGGUUAAAUACCAGCUGUUGACUGGGUCAUACAGGUAACUGUGUCAGGUAAUGUCUUGAAAGUUUUGGUGUAAAGAAAACUGGCUACAUUCUCCUUCUUAGCCCUUUAUGAUACCUGGCCAUGCAGUAAGUUUCGUUUCAUUCUUUCGUCUUUGAGACAUUUCUGCAGGCUAACACAAUAACUCACUUUACAGACUUAAUAACACUGUGUUGAUUUUGUUAUGGCCAUUUUUCCCCCUGCAAAAUAAGACAUUAAAAACUGUUUUCUUUCUAAAGAGGUUGACGCUUCGUUUUUAGAACUAGCGAUGCCGCACUGAUGAGAGGAUUUAAGAUUUCUUUGCACAGAGUAUUUCCUGCUGUUCGUAGAAACAUUCUGCCUGUGGCCGAGCAUUUGCACUGAUGCAUUGCAAAGUUAUCUAGGCUGCUCACACUUAACAGCUCAGUUUUAAUGUAACUACUCAAUUUCUCUAAUAGAUUGCAGUCAGCAGGUCAACAGAGCUCUCAAAGUUAACUGGAUUUUGUGUAAAGUGAUGACUGAUCAAACAGUCAGUGAAGCAAAGCGCAUCAGCCUUAAUCUGAACAGUGCAGGGAGCGUUCACCCCGUUCAGGGGUCACUGCAGUGGAACAGCCCAUCACAGAGCCACAUCAAAGGCCUGCCAGAAAUAUCGAUGGCUUUGGAUCGAGGCGGGGAAAUUCACUACGGCAAUCAUUCAUCGGCUGCUGCACAUGAAGGAGGUCAGGAAAGACAUUGAAAAAGGUUGUUGUUGACUCUCCCUCUUUUUUUUUAUAUUAUUACAAAACUUUACACAGACAACUGCUAAUCUCCACACUUGAGUGGAACACAUAGGGACACAACACAACAAAAAAUAAAAAGUAUUUCUCAUUCAAAAGGCAUAAAUAAUAUAAAAGACAAA